AUGGCCAAAUCCAAGAACCAUACCAAUCACAAUCAAAACAAGAAGGCUCACCGCAAUGGUAUCAAGAAGCCUCAGAGCCACAGGACAAGGUCGAUGAAGGGGGUUGACCCCAAGUUCCGCCGCAAUGCGAAGUAUGCGCUCGUUGGCUCGCGGAAGGCACGCAAGGAGGCCAAGGAAUCGUCAUGA